UCAGGCAGCUGUAUACUCACGAGAUUCAACCUCAAAAGGUUUCCUCGUGUCCUUGAAUUGAUUCAACCUUCUCUCUCUCUCUCUUUCUCUCCCUCAUGUUAAUUGUCCUUUUCAUUUUCCGCACCUUUGAAUCUGUGAUCUACAUGCCCUCAAUUUGUAAUAAAGUUAAACAUCUUUUUUAGAUUCUUUAUCCCCAUUCGCAUUCUUCUCAACUCCAAUCUACACACAUUCAACACAAGAAAAAUUUACAGCAGCCAGUAUUGGACAAAAACAAAAAAAGAAAUUAACAUAAAGGGUAUCUUUUUGGUCUUCAAUUUUUGCAACGCAGAGACACAUCUCACCGACCCAAUUGAAGACCCAUUUCAGAGUUUUCAUUUUUGAUCCUCUCCGUUCACAAGAAGCUCAAAAACUCAAAAGGGUAGUGGUGGAGUAACACAACACAACACGACAUUAACACAGCCAUAGAAACAGAGAAUGAGAGAGAAUAACAACGAGGUUGUAAUCACGGCGGGGGAAGAAGAGAAUCACGUAUCGGGAGGGCAUCUUCGUCAUUCCAGGGACGGAAUCUGGUGGUCAGUUGCGAAAUCAUUGCCACGAUCCACGGCGGUUCUCAUCUUCCCCGUCAUGCUCAUCAUCGGCGCGUUGACUUACACGCGCACGCUAGACACACAUCCUCUCUUUUCCGGAGCUUCAUCUACAAAAUCAGCACUAAGCACCACACCAUACAACACUGGUCCAUUCACAGUCUCCAUCCGGAAGCCUAUAGAGAUCCCAUUGAACUGCACUGCCUACAACCUCACCAGAACAUGCUCCACCAACCAAUUCCCAAUCCCAGAAAACGAUCAGAGCCAUCCAUCCAGUGCCACGUGUCCAGAGUACUUCCGUUGGAUCCACGAGGAUUUGAGGCCAUGGGCCCGCACAGGCAUAACGCAAGACAUGGUGGAGAGGGCAAAGGAAACAGCAAAUUUCAAGUUGGUGAUAUUGAAGGGUAAGGCCUAUUUGGAGACUUACGAAAAGGCCUAUCAAACAAGGGAUGUUUUUAGCAUAUGGGGGAUUCUACAAUUGUUGAGAAGGUACCCUGGCAAGAUACCUGAUUUGGAGCUUAUGUUUGAUUGUGUGGAUUGGCCUGUGGUUUUGGCUGAUCGUUACAAUGGCCCUAAUGUUGAACAACCACCACCCUUGUUUCGCUAUUGUGGGAAUGAUGCUACUUUGGAUAUUGUCUUUCCUGAUUGGUCCUUCUGGGGAUGGGCUGAGGUUAACAUAAAGCCAUGGGAGAUUUUGUUGACAGAGUUGAAAGAAGGAACCAAGAGGAUACCAUGGCUGAACAGAGAGCCUUAUGCAUACUGGAAAGGUAAUCCAGUUGUUGCUGAAACCAGACAAGAUCUCAUGAAAUGCAAUGUUUCUGAAAAUCAAGAUUGGAAUGCUCGUUUAUAUGUUCAGGAUUGGGGACGAGAAUCACAAGAGGGGUACAAGAACUCAGACUUGGCAAGUCAAUGCACUCACAGAUAUAAGGUGUACAUUGAAGGUUCUGCUUGGUCCGUGAGUGAAAAAUACAUUCUGGCAUGUGACUCUCCCACCCUACUUGUAAAACCCCAUUACUAUGAUUUUUUCACAAGAGGACUAAUUCCGGUGCACCACUAUUGGCCCAUAAAGGAAGAUGACAAGUGCAGGUCCAUUAAGUUUGCUGUGGAUUGGGGCAAUAGUCACAAACAAAGGGCACAUCAAAUUGGCAAGGCUGCAAGUGAUUUCAUUCAAGAAGAGUUAAAGAUGGACUAUGUGUACGACUACAUGUUUCAUCUCCUGAAUUCAUAUGCUAAACUCUUUAGAUACAAACCCUCUAUAAGUGCUAAUGCUACUGAAAUAUGUGUGGAGUCAAUGGUUUGUGGAGCAGAAGGACCAGUAAAGAAAUUUAUGAUGGAAUCAUUGGUCAAGGUUCCUGCAAAUACCGACCCUUGCACCAUGCCUGCCCCUUUCGAUCCUCCAUCUUUGAACGCUCAAUUACAGAGAAAGGAAAGUUCAAUUCAACAAGUUGAUUCAUGGGAGAAAAGUUACUGGGAGAACCAAACCAUAACAUCUUAGUAAAUAUAUAUAUCUUUUUCCAUAUUCAAGUAGACAAAUUCAGUCUGUAGAAUAUUUAUCCCUUCCACACAUAUAUAUAGGGUUAUCUUUGGAGAGGAUAUAAGUAGAAUUUAGAUUAUCUUUGUACUUGUUUAAAGAAACCAUAUCAUACUUACGAAUUAUGAGUUUUAGACUACACGAGAGAAAAAAAAAACAAUUUAGUUUGUUAAUUUCGUAAUAUGAGAAACUUGUUAUUUUUCUAAA